AUGGGGGUGGCGCGACUGCGUCCGGCGGUGCAGCUGCUCCUGUGCCUGGUGGUGGUGCGCGUGGCGUCCGACGACGGCGGGCUCUUCGGCGUCUCCAGGCUGGAGAUGUUCGUGGACGACCUCCCGGAGAUGCCCAAGAUAAGAGGCUACGAUCUCCGGACGGGUGGCGUCCCCUCAACAAGAACCCUCACCAUCGGCAUGUUUCAGACGACCUGGGUCUCUCUCUGUCUCUCUCUCUCUCGCUAGCUCUCGCUCGCUGUUAUACAAAUUGAGGCUCAGUGGGUCAUCGUCCUGUCUCACUGGUGCAGAAGUUCCACCGCGAUCUUCCGCCGACGACGGUAUUCGCCUACGGUCUCAGAAGAGAGGCCGCCACCGUGCCUGGUCCCACCAUCGAGGCCCUACGUGGGGUUGAGACGCGGGUGACGUGGCAGAACCACCUCCCUUCGAGUCACAUCCUGCCGUGGGAUCCCACCAUCCCCACCGCCUUCCCCGGCCCCGGCGGUGGCGUCCCCACUGUGGUUCAUCUCCACGGUGCCAUCGCCGCCCCCGCCAGCGACGGCAACGCCAUGGCCUGGUUCACGGCGGGGUAUCUCUUCAAAGGCCCCAACUGGUCGCAAGAGACCUAUUCCUACCCCAACGCACAGGAGCCCGGCAACCUGUGGUACCACGACCAUGCCAUGGGGCUCACCCGUGUAAACCUACUUUCCGGCCUCUUCGGCGCCUACGUCGUCCGCGAGCCGGGGCUGGAGCAGCCUCUUGGCCUGCCUUCCGGCGACGAGUUCGACCGUCAUCUGGUGGUCUUCGACAGGAGUUUCAGAGCCGACGGCUCCAUUUUCAUGAACAACACCGGUGACAACCCGUCCAUUCACCCGCAGUGGCAGCCUGAGUACUUCGGUGACGCCGUCGUCGUGAACGGCAAAGCCUGGCCGCGCCUCCGCGUGCGGCGGCGGAGAUACCGAUUCCGGAUACUCAACGCCAGCAACGCCCGGUUCUUCAGAUUCUUCUUCUCCAACGGACUCGAGUUCCACCAAGUGGCCUCCGACUCCCUCUACCUCGGGAGGCCGGUGAGGGUGCGGAAGUUGCUGAUGGGGCCUUCCGAGAUCGCCGACGUCAUCGUCGACUUCUCCGUCUCCCCCACCGAUUCGGCAGUGCUGGAGAACGACGCCCCGUACCCGUACCCGGCGGGCGAUCCGACGGACGACACCAACGGGAAGGUGAUGAAGUUCUCGAUCGAGCAGCGCACGGCGGCGGAUCCCUCGUGCCUGCCGCGGCAGCUGGUGAGGUACCCGACGCCGUCCCCGCACGGCGCGGCGAGGCGGCGCUACGUCGUCAUGUACGAGUACACGGCCUCCACCGGCGAGCCAACACGGCUGCUGCUGAACGGCAAGUCCUACGACGAGCCAGCCACGGAGACGCCGACGGUGGGCACCAGCGAGCUGUGGGAGGUGAUCAACCUCACGGAGGACAACCACCCGCUGCACGUUCACCUGGGGCUGCUGGCGGUGCUGGAGCAGCGCCGCCUGUCGGACCCCGAGGCCUUGAAAGCAUGCCUGGCGAGGAGGAACGACGCGGCGGCGUGCCGGGCACGGCGGCACGCCAGGGGGCCGCCGACACCGGUGCCCCCGCAGGAGCGCGGGUGGAAGAACGUCUUCAAGGUGAUGCCAGGCCACCUAACCACGCUUGUCGUCCGGUUCUCCCCGCUGCGGCCCAGCCCAGUUUUCUACCCGUUCAACGUCACCGCCGAGCCAGGAUAUGUCUACCACUGCCACGUAAGCACCUCCUCCACGCAGAAGGGCUACAUCUGAUCAAUUCGGCGUGUCGAUGUCAUCUCUUCUUUCCUACGCAGAUACUCGACCACGAAGACAACGUGAUGAUGCGGCCUCUCAGACUACUCCCUCCUUGA